AUGCCAUCAAAUAAUAAUACCGACGAAAGAGAAGCACCAACAGACACCAAGGCAUCAGAAGAAGCGACAGGAAUGAUGAUAAAAAAAGGAAUAGCGAUAGUUGAAGCAGUAAAAGAAAAGAACAAAAGAAUGACAAUAGUUGAAGCAGAAUUAAUGAAAGAUAAAAUAGUUGUUAUACUUAGAAGGUUUGAUUGGAGUUUGGGUUUUAAUAUUAAAGGUGAGAUUAAGUAA